GCGAACGCUGUUAGAAACUACGAGACAUUAGCGCAAACUAUCAAUUUCGAUGAGAAUAUAUCCUAUGAGUUUCUUGGCGGAAGACAGGAGUUUAGGGUCAUAAAACGGACCAAUAAUACUCACUGGAACGUGCCGUUAUGGCUAGCUGGAUCUCUCCCUCCAGCCGCAACCCUUACCCGAUAUUCGAUUGGACCUCUUGGAUUCCGUGAGCUUGACAGGGGAAGGCUAUCCCAGAGGUACAUCCUAGAAAGAAUCAAGUCACGGUUGCACAUGGCAGUUUUCGGGGGUACAGCUCUCCUUGCACCGGUAAUAUUCAUGACCCUCAAGCCGACGCUUAUCGGAAAUUUAGUGACGGCGUCAGUAUCCAUGGCAAUCUUCGCCAUGAUCAUGGUGAUAUUUGCCACCGAUGCAAAUGGGAAGGACGUGCUUGCUUCUACAGCAGCAUAUGCAGCAGUGAUGGUUGUUUUCAUAGGGACUAGUUUACAAAUAUGUGUAUAAUGUUAUUAUCUGGCUAUCAUCGGCUUCAUUGGGGUGCCUAGGUAGGCAGUUGAUGCAUUUUACUCAAUUCACUAUAUAUUCGUGCACUUAUCAAGGUUCCACGAUGAGUACUGGUGUUGGAGGCGGCGUCAAAUGGCUGAAUCACAAGGCUGUGAUUAGUUAAAGCUGGGUAGGGAGGAUGACAGAUUAAGUAUAACAGCCUGUUCAAUAUGUAUAUCUCGGUAUGUCUGCAUGCAGCGCAUCACACCUACCUAGGUAUUUAUUGUGACUGCAUA